AUGAAUGCUUGUUCUUUAUUACCGGCCUAUAAUAGACAUUCGGAACAAAGUUAUUGCAAUGAUGAUGGUUGUGGGAGCUCAUCGGAGCAAGAGGAUGAUGGAUUUCCCUCUCGUUCCCAAUUCAUCCACGAAUUAAUUCAAGCCUUUAAGAUUUUUCAACCCAAAGAUGGUUUAAAACUUGAGAAUGAUGAUGGAGAGAAUGAUGAAACUCACAAAUCACAAACUAAUUUAUCUAAUUUAUCGCCCAUUAAUAAUAACAUGAACAACCGAGCGGAUAUUGAAAUCGUUGAACCCGAGAAGGCUUUGCUUCAUGAGCUGGAACUUUUUCAUUCAAGAGACUAUUUAAAAACCAUCUUUAAAAUCGACAAGUUUUUGAGGAGAAAUGAAAAAUCAAAACCGUCAUCAUCAGAUGAAUAUGAAACCAAUGAUGAGUUGAUGAAUGAUAGUGAAAAUGAGUCUUCUGACUCCUCGAGUGAUGAUAAAGACGAUGAGGAGGAAAUUAAAGAGCUCCGAAAAAAGUUUGGCCUUGUCGAUGAUGCUCACGAUUUUCCAGGGAUGCUUAAUUACAUUUUAUGGCUUGGUGGAUCAUGCAAAACAAUGGCGUCGAUAGUUAACAAAUUUUGUGCUGAAAAUGUGGGCAAACAACAUUCGCUCACUAUAUUCAACUGGGAAGGAGGUAGGCACCACGCACGAAAAGCAAGAGCUGCUGGUUUUUGUUAUGUGAAUGACAUUGUUCUACUUGCUUUACAAAUUAAGAGAAAACGCAUUAUGUGCAUUGAUGUAGACGUCCAUCAUGGAGAUGGCACACAGGAAGCAUUCUUUAAUAGUGAUCGAGUAUUGACUAUUUCAUUUCAUCAGUUUGGACCAGGUCUAUAUCCUGGAACUGGAGAGGUCAGUGAAACUGGCCAAGGCAGAGGAAAAAAUCGUAAUAUUAAUGUACCUCUGAAGGAAGGUCUCACAGACGACAUGUUUCAACCACUGUUUCAGAAAAUAGUUUCCAAAGCUUAUGAAAAGUUCAAACCUGAUGUGGUUCUCUUGAUUAAUGGAGCAGACAAUUUGAAUGGAGACCCACUCGGCUCAUGGAAUUUAUCAAUUUCUAGCUUUCAAUUUCUUUCUUCAUUUGUUAGAAAUGUGUUAAAACCUGAAAUUACAAUUAUUCUUGGUGGAGGAGGGUACAACUACAUCAACACAGCAAUUGCAUAUGCCACUGUUUCGAAUGUAUUCGUGAAUAACAAAUAUUUACCAGAAUCAAUACCAGAACAUCGCUACUUUGAAUUUUACAAGAACAAUGGUUUUUGUACGAACGUUUCGAGAGGUCAUAGACAGAACAUGAACACAGCUGAAUACAUUAAGCAAGUAGGAGAUGACAUUGGUGAUGUGUUGGACAAAUUGUCAGUUUAA